AUGUCUCACAAGUCCCAUAUAGAUCCCGCCAAUAUGCAGACCUUUAAAUACUUAACAUCAGAAAAAACUAUGGGCGGUGUAACAUUUGUCGUCUUAACCUGGAAUUUCGGGCAAACAUUACCAGUGGUGCAUAAAGGUACACGUUCCGGCAUUAUAAAUCUGCGUUUGAAAAAAUCAGAAGUCUGGAAUGGAAGCAUGUCAAAAGACUUCAACUAA